CUGAUUUCACCGUCGCUUUCGUCUGAUUCUCCGACUCCCUCUCCUUCUCCUCCUCCUCCUCCUCCGUAGCUCUCGCCGUCGCCGUCGGAGACGCACCCUUUCGUAAUCGGUCGAGUUUUUACUGUCGAGCGGCGAUCGGGGGACAUGGCGAAUCCGAUGUUCCUCGAGGACGGCACUCGGGGCGGCGGGACGCGGAGUCCCUUCUCGCUCUCAUCUUCCGUCAAAGACGUCAGCUACAGCUGUGGCUCUUGCGGAUACGAGCUAAACCUCAGCUCCUUAAAUCGGAACAUAUCGACAAUUGGAAGUAAGUACAGUAAGUCCAUAAAGAAAGGGAUCAUAUCGUUCUGUAAUGUUGACGAGAGUAGAUUUACGCUGGUUAAUGAGCGGCAGUGCAUGCCCUUCUUCUCGAAACAAUCAUGGGGUUUGUUUAGGCGGAGAACCAAACUUCUUUGCCGCAAGUGUGGCAACCAUAUUGGAAUUGCAUAUGAUUCAAUUACUUCGUCUGAUCCGCUUGUAUCAGAUGGACUAGAAUCAUUUUCGUCCAGUGAAGUUCCUAGUCAUCGUAAAUAUGACGUAAGAAUCCGUGCCUUACAGCCAUCGUCCUCUGAGGGAUCGUCAAUGUCCCUUUUUUUAUGAUAAAUACGAUGCCCAUUGGGUUGGAUCAAGUCAAUGUAAAUGACCUGAGAGUUUUUCCCUGUCUAAAGGUAGAAUGCUACUGUCAUGUUUGUAUUUUUCCCAUUUGUAAUAAGGGAUUAAGUGUAUAGAAUACGAAGAAUACUGGAUGCUGGGAACUGAGGUAUUCGAAUGAUUAAGCUGUGUUUAAUUUUUA